AUGACCACCAUGGCUGCGUCCCUGAGGCGGAUCCCUUCCGCUGUGCGCCCCGCACGCUUCGCAGCGAAACGAUCAUUCUCCACCUCGCCCGCGAACCAGGCCGUAUGGGGCUUCAUUGGGCUCGGCCGCAUGGGCUAUCCCAUGGCCAGGAACCUGCGGGCGAAAAUUCCUAAGGAAGACUCUCUUGUUGUUCACGACGUCAACACUACAGCGACAUCCAACUUUGCCAAGGAAGUUGGCCCGCAAGGCAUCCACGUAGCUGAAUCGGUGCGCGAAGUUGCUGAGAAGGCGGAAACAAUCAUCACAGCUCUUCCAGAGCCUCACCAUGUGCGUGGUGUAUAUGCAAACAUGCUAAUACCACCGACACUACUGGAGCAAGCUGGAGCUCAGCCACGUCUCUUUAUUGACGUGUCUACCAUUGACCCCCAGUCGUCUCUUGAAGUUUCAAACGCGGUGCACUCAACCGGACAGGGCAAAUAUGUCGAUGCGCCCAUGUCUGGAGGCGUUGUGGGCGCAGAGAAAGGCACACUGACCUUUAUGGUCGGAGCGCCUGACGACAUCAUUGACCGCGUGCGCGAGAUCUUGUCGUUGAUGGGCAAGCGGACGGUGCACUUGGGACCUGCAAGCUCGGGGCUGAAAGGCAAACUUGCUAACAACUAUCUCUUGGCCAUCAACAACAUUGCGACUGCCGAGGCCAUGAACUUGGGAAUCCAGUGGGGCCUCGAGCCCAAGGCGCUUGCGGAUCUUAUCAACACUGCUACGGGCAAGUGCUGGCCUUCUGAGGUCAACAACCCAGUUCCAGGAGUGGUUGAGGGGUCGCCAGCAAGCAGGGGUUAUGAGGGAGGAUUUGGGCUAAGCCUGAUGAACAAAGACCUUAAGCUUGCGUUGAAGGGGGCGGAAGAGUUCAACAUCAAGGUCGAAUUGGGCGAGCCGGCUCGCGCCGUUUACGAUGCAGCAUCGGAGCAGCCUGAGUGCAAGGGCAAGGACUUUUCGGUGGUGUAUAGAUACCUAGGCGGCAAGGAAUAG